AUGGUCCCUGAGAUGAGCAAACAUCAAGUUCUAGAUGCCUCUAAUUUUGCCUUCCUCCUGGAAAACUGUAGUUCUUCGUAUGACUAUGAGGAAAAUGAGACCGACUUCUGCUGUGCCUCUUCACCCUGCCCACAGGAUUUCAGCCUGAACUUUGAUCGAGCCUUCCUACCAACCCUCUAUGGCCUCCUCUUUCUACUGGGGUUGCUGGGCAAUGGUGCAGUGGCAACCGUGCUGCUGAAGCAACGGGAAGUCCUGAGCAGCACUGACACCUUCUUGCUUAAUCUGGCUGUGGCAGAUGCACUGCUGGUGCUGACUCUCCCACUCUGGGCAGUGGAUGCUGCUGUUCAGUGGGUCUUUGGCACUGGGCUCUGUAAAGUGGCAGGUGCUCUCUUCAAUAUAAAUUUCUAUGCAGGGGCCUUUCUGUUGGCCUGCAUCAGUUUUGACCGCUACCUGAGCAUAGUGCAUGCCACUCAGCUCUACCGUCGUGGGCCCCCAACUCGAGUGGCCCUUACCUGUAUAGUGGUUUGGGGGCUCUGUCUACUCUUUGCCCUCCCGGAACUAAUCUUCCUGUCAGCCCACCAUGACGAGCGCCUCAAUGCCACCCACUGCCAGUACAACUUCCCUCAGGUGGGCCACACAGCUCUGAGAAUGCUGCAACUGGUUGCUGGUUUUCUGCUGCCCCUGAUGGUCAUGGCCUACUGCUAUGCCCGCAUCCUGGCUGUACUGCUGGUCUCCAGAGGCCAACGGCGGCUGAGAGCCAUGAGGAUAGUGGUGGUAGUGGUGGUAGUCUUUGCUCUGUGCUGGACUCCAUAUCAUCUAGUGGUUCUGGUGGACACCCUUAUGGACUUGGGGGCCUUAGCCCGCGAUUGUGGACGAGAAAAAUUUGUUGAUGUGGCUAAGUCAAUUACCUCAGGUCUGGGCUUUAUGCACUGCUGCCUCAACCCACUGUUAUAUGCCUUUGUAGGUGUCAAGUUCCGAGAACGUAUGGGGAUGUUGCUUAUGCGCCUAGGUUAUCCUAGCCAGAGAAGGCACAAACUCCAUCUGCCUUCUCACCGUGAUUCAUCCUGGUCUGAGACCACAGAGGCUUCUUAUUCAGGUUUAUGA